CGAGAAAAAAUCGAGUGCUCCUCACACUCGAACAUAUCCAUUUUUUUUUUGCCUUCUCUCUCUGUGAGAAACAUUCACCGCCGGUGUGGCUUCACCGGAAAAUUCACCCACUUCCGACCGGAUAUCCACGGUCUGGUCAGUUUCCCGGUCAUCGUCGAAGAUGUUACUCUGAAUAAUAUUCUUAAAUACUUCGUUGAGACGCAAACAACGUGCGGUGAAAGUGAAAGUUGAAUCGCAAAGCAAAAAUGUCUUUGCAGGACAAGGGAUUUUGGAUGUCAAAGGGUGCUGGACAUGUAAACGACGUAGACCCAACAUUUGAUAAUACUUCCAGAAUUGAACCAAAGCGAUCACAUCAAUGGUUUGUAGAUGCUCCUGAAACAGAGCUGUUCCCUAACAAGAAGCAAGCAGUGCAAGCUCCAAACAACAAAUCAAGUUCAGGAAUGUCAAAUGCUAAUAUUCCUUCUUGGGAGAAUGCCUCAAGUUUUCAUUCAGUCCCAAGCCAGUUCAAUUACCGCUUUUUUGGAUCUGAAACAGUGAGGCCUGUCAAUUUUGCUGAAAGGAAUAUUGUUGUUGAAACAGAGAAUCCAAAUGUGAGAAGAAAGAGUAUGGAUGACCAAUUUGGAGAAGACGCGUCUGUUGGUUUGUCCAUAUCUCAUGCUAUGGAAGAUCCUGAAACAUGUCUUACCUAUGGUGGAAUAAGAAAGGUCAAAGUCAAUCAAGUUAAGGAUUGUGAUAAUGGGGUGCAUAUGCCAAAGGGACACGGUUCUAAUGGGGAAAAUAUCAGUCACCUGUCUUCAGGUCAGGCCUAUAACAGAGAAAGUGAAGCUGGUUUUGCAUCAAUAGGGCAGCCUUAUAACCAGGAUGACAAUGUUACUUUAAUGGGUCAUGCCUACAAUAGGGGAGAUGCCAAUAUCAGAUCGACAGGUCCCACCUUUGGAAAUGAAGAUGGUAAUUCCAUUUCAAUGGGUGACACGUACGGUAAGGGGGAAGCUAAUAUAAUAUCUUUUGGCGGGUUUCCUGAUGAACAAGAUAUUAUCCCUGUGGGAAGGCCAGUCAGCAACUAUGAUUUAUUAUACACUCAGUCUUCAGUUCAAACAUUAGAAACAGCCCACGAGAAAGAAUCGGAUCAAACAAAUGCCAAUACAGUUCUUAGUGCCACUCCAGCAGCUAAAUUAAGACCUGAAUCUGUUUCUAAGAAUAAGCCAGAAUUCAAAACAUCAAGGAAAGAAGCUCCAAACAGCUUCCCCUCUAAUGUUAGAAGCUUGAUCUCAACAGGCAUGCUUGAUGGUGUUCCUGUGAAGUAUGUGUCCUUGGCACGGGAGGAGCUUCGUGGAAUUAUAAAAGGUUCUGGAUAUCUUUGUGGGUGUCAGUCAUGCAAUUUUUCUAAGGUGCUGAAUGCUUAUGAGUUUGAGCGCCAUGCUGGUUGUAAAACAAAACAUCCAAACAAUCACAUAUACUUCGAGAAUGGAAAGACUAUCUAUCAGAUUGUACAAGAAUUAAGAAGCACGCCUGAGAGUUUGUUGUUUGAUGCGAUUCAGACUGUUUUUGGAGCACCUAUUAAUCAGAAGUCCUUUCGCAUUUGGAAAGAAUCAUUUCAAGCUGCAACUCGCGAGCUUCAGCGUAUAUAUGGAAAGGAAGAACUGAAUAUAUAGGAGUAUUCUAGAUGAGCCGUAGUCAAAGUGUAAUAUAAGGUGAAAUGUGCAUAGAACAAGUACAACUCUUUUGUAAAUUAUGUACUCUAUCCCUUGGGAAGGAAGAGCAGGUGUUUUUUUGUUCUUUUGGUGCAAGUACAACUCUUUUGUAAAUUAUAUACUCUAUCACUUGGUAUGGAAGAACAGGUGUUUUUUGUU